AUGCGCUACACCGUGAUCAACGGCCUUCUGCUCCUGGCUGUCUCCCCUCUGGCCGCCCUCGCCCUCCCAGUCGACCCCAAUGACCAGACCGGACAGUGGGACCCCAGCGGCCAAUACCGCAAGGGUCACUGGCAGAACGGCCAGUUCAUUCCAAACAACGGCGACAACCGCUACAGCCAGAAUGGCCAGAUCAACCAGAAUGGCUAUGUGGACCGGAACGGCCAAUGGCGCGACAACAACCAGAACGGGCGUCAGAACCAGAACGGUCAAUGGGCCCGUCCAUCCGGUGUGGCCCAGGUCCGUGACUGGCCCAAUGACCAGAACAGCCAAAAUGGCUGGACUGAUGCCAACGGCCAGUGGCACCCUAACAACCAGAACCAGAAUGGCUGGACUGACGCGAAUGGUCAAUGGCACGCCAACAACCAGAAUGGCUGGACUGAUGCCAAUGGCCAAUGGCAUGCCAACCAAAAGCGCGAGCUGGCUGCUGAUGCCCAGAACGGCCAAAAUGGCUGGACUGAUGCCAACGGCCAAUGGCACCCUAACAACCAGAACCAGAAUGGCUGGACUGAUGCCAACGGUCAAUGGCACCCCAACAACCAAAAUGGUUGGACUGAUGCCAAUGGUCAAUGGCACGCCAACCAGAAGCGUGAAGUAGCCAAGGACAUCCAGAAGAACCAGAACGGUUGGACCGAUGCCAACGGCCAAUGGCACCCGAACAACGAGAACCAGAACGGCUGGACUGAUGCCAAGGGACAAUGGCACCCCAACAACAACGGCGAUAAGAAUGGAUGGACCGACGCAAAUGGACAGUGGCACCCGAACAACCAAAACGGCUGGACUGAUGCCAAUGGCCAAUGGCACGCAAACCAGAAGCGCGAGGUAUCCACCGAUGCUCAAAAGAAUCAAAACGGCUGGACCGACGCCAACGGCCAAUGGCACCCCAACAACCAGAACCAGAAUGGCUGGACCGAUGCCAACGGACAAUGGCACCCUAACAACAACGGAGACAAGAACGGCUGGACCGACGCCAAUGGCCAAUGGCACGCAAACCAAAAGCGCGAUGUGGCCACCAAGACCAUGCAGCGCCGCACCUGGCGCGACGCUGGCAGCGACCAGGCCAACCAGAACCAGAACCAGGGCCAGAACGACUAUAAUCGCAACCACGGAAUCGCGCCCAACCCCAGCACUGUCAACAAGAACAAUAGCUACGGAAACUACAAGAACUACGGCUCUUACCAGAACUACCCGGCCAACCCCCAGGACCGGAACCAGGACAAGGCCAUCAAGGCCAACGCUGGUCAGCAGGAGUAG